UCACUGCCCACUAUUUGGGCACGCGAGGUGACUGACUCGGAGAAAAGUCAGGGAAGGAAUGGUUGGAGUUCACUGCGCUGCAUCGCGGGGCUAUACAGUCUCACUUUGUUUUUGCGUCGUUGAAUUGUUUUAGAUUUGCAUUUACGCCGAGCGCUAUUUUAAUUGACUGCUAGUAGCGAUGCAUCCGCGUGCUUGCUUAUUUAAUAGUUGUUGAUUAAUGGGAUGCUCAUCAUUUUAGUGAUCUCCAGGUCGGGACUUUGAUGAGCGCUUUCCUCGCUCCUGCACUAAAUCAAAUCCGACUCAUCUGUUUUUCCACUGGAGCACGCUUUUUUGUGAAAUCUUUUUGGGCAGCUGGUCUGCCAUUGACGCCGCGGAAAUGGAAGCGUGUCAGGGGGACGGCGUGACCGCGCUCUGCCGAAAAAGUUUCCGUUGGAUUGUGCUGGUUCUGUGGCUUACCUCCGGGGCAAAAGGGACCUGGGGAACCGGACUCUAUAAGUACCCAACCGGGACGCAACUAAACAAAGAGCCCACCGGAGUCUCCGGCGCUCUCUAUCAGAGAAGGAACUGGUGUCCCCACUCGGUGACAAAGACGGUGACGUGUCAGGUGCAGAACGGCACGGUGCUGCAGCGCGUUUACCAGAACUGCCGCUGGCCUCAGGGCUGCUCCGGAGGCAGCUAUCGCACUGUGGUCAGGCCGUCAUACAAGGUGGCGUACCGGACCGUCACCGCCCUGGAGUGGAAGUGUUGCCCGGGUUACCGCGGGCCCCACUGCGAAGAAGACGUUGGCAGCCAUCUUGUGGCCCAGGAGGCGGUGAGGAAGCAGGCCACGCUGAGACGCCCGCCCGCCCGCCCGGUGGAGCAGCUCUCCAGCUGUCUGAACUGCAGUCGGAUCGCUGAGCUGACAAACAGGCUGAGCUCUCUGGAGGUGAAGGUCCAGCUCCUUACCGCUCCCGCCAGCACAUCUCAUCGCCACCUACAGGGCAAGGGAGGAACUGCAGGGCAGAUAUCCUUAUUCGGAGCGGAGCCAGCCAAAGGUGCCCCCGGAGUCCAGGGCCCUAUGGGUCCGCAGGGCGAGAGGGGGAUGGAGGGGGUCCCCGGGCGUGAAGGAAGGCCCGGGUCCAGGGGUCUCCCGGGGCCCAGCGGUCCAAGGGGCGACCCCGGGUCAAGAGGCCCCUCGGGGGCCCCGGGACAAAGGGGGUCCAGCGGCCCGGCAGGGCCCCAGGGUCCGCCAGGUCUCCCAGGGGAGAGGGGGCUUCCAGGCCUUUCCGGCCCCCCUGGGCCCCCGGGACCCCCGGGCCCGGCCAGUGCCCGAAUCCCAGAGCUGGGAGGUUCUCCGGACCGAGGCCAGAGCAGAGACCCCUUCCUCUCCAACACCUUCCUGGACUCACGGGGGGUCCCUGUGCCAGGGCCAGUGGGGCCCCCAGGACCCCCAGGACCCGUAGGGCCACCCGGUCCUGUGGGGCCAACGGGGCCCGCCGGGCCAUCCGGACUCAACGGCAGGCCAGGGGGCCCUGGAAUCCGGGGGCCACUGGGCCCCAAGGGGGAGCGUGGGGAGAGGGGUCCGCUGGGGCAUCCAGGGGAGCGGGGGUUCCGAGGCGAGCCGGGUGCACCGGGACAGAAAGGCGAGCCGGGGGAGAAAGGACUACCGGGGGAUGGGAUACACCAAAUCCGAGAGGCCCUGAAGAUCUUAGCCGAGAGGGUUUUAAUCCUCGAGACUAUGAUCGGUAUUCAUGAGCCUGACAUCGGGUCGGGGGAUGAGGGCUACGGCACCUCGUCUCCAGGCUACUACCGGGACAAGCGGGCGGGGGUCCCUCCACGGCGGCUGUCCCUUCCGCUCUCCACCGACGCCAAGGAGCAGGGAAAGUAGCCCCAAAAUCCCACCGGGGCUCA